GACAUUUGGAGAGUUUUUUUUGUAAGAUCAAUUUUAGAUCAACCAUGGUUAACCUCACUUUUCAUCAUCCGUCAAGGGAUAGAUAGAUAUUUUACUCUAAGCGAAUUCUCUGGCUUUCUUGAUAUUAGCUGGGCGCUAGACGAGGAGAAGCACAGGAUGCAUGAACUCAGUUUGUCACGCGAGAUAUGCAAGUUUCUCAUCCUUCAUGCGAGUGAUGAUAUUCAUUUGUACUAUGGUUGGAGGUGACAGGCGUAUGGCAGUUAUAGCUAUCUGUUAAAGCGGUAGCCCGUGAUUGAAAACAAUGGAUAGAAAACAACACAUUGCAAUUUUCACGACCGCAAGCCUACCAUGGAUGACUGGUACAGCUGUCAACCCUCUUUUCCGUGCUGCAUAUCUCUCAAAAGAUGGAGAGAGAAAUAUCACUUUGGUGAUUCCUUGGUUAUCGUCAAAUGAUCAAGGAUUAGUAUAUCCUAGUAAUAUCAUGUUCAGGUCUCCUUCAGAACAAGAAAUGUAUGUCCGUCAGUGGCUUGAAGAAAGAACAGGCUUUAAAUUUGCUUUCAGCAUACGGUUUUACCCUGGAAAGUUUUCCAGAGAUAAAAGGAGCAUUCUUCCUGUUGGAGAUAUUGUGGAACUCAUCUCCGAUGAAGAGGCAGAUGUUGCCGUCCUGGAGGAACCAGAACACCUAACAUGGUAUCAUCAUGGGAAAAGAUGGAAAACUAAGUUUCGCCUUGUUAUUGGAGUUAUUCACACAAAUUACUUGGAAUAUGUGAAGAGAGAGAAGAAUGGUCGUUUGCAAGCAUUUCUUCUUAAACACGUAAAUAGCUGGGUUGUCGGCAUAUAUUGUCAUAAGGUUAUCAGAUUAUCCGGUGCCACUCAGGAUUAUCCCAAUUCUAUCAUCUGCAAUGUCCAUGGAGUUAAUCCCAAGUUCCUUGAGAUUGGCCAGAAAAAGAUGGAGCAGCAGCAAAAUGAAGACAAAGCCUUUAGCAAAGGUGCUUACUAUAUUGGCAAGAUGAUUUGGAGCAAAGGCUACAAGGAGCUACUUAAACUCCUUGGUGAUCACCAGGAAGAAUUGACUGGGUUUGAGAUUGACUUGUAUGGGAAUGGAGAGGAUUCUGAUCAAGUUAGGAAAGCUGCAGAGAAGUUGGCACUAGCAAUCAGAGUUAACCCAGGGCGUGACCAUGCUGAUCCCUUGUUCCAUGAUUAUAAGGUGUUCCUGAAUCCAAGCACCACUGAUGUAGUCUGUACAACCACAGCUGAAGCACUCGCAAUGGGGAAAUUGGUUGUCUGUGCGAAUCACAUAUCAAAUGACUUCUUUAAGCAGUUUCCAAAUUGCCGGACAUAUGACGAUGGCGAAGGAUUCGUGGAUGCCACUAAAAGGGCACUGAGUGAAGAGCCCGCCCAGAUGACCGAUGAUCUAAGCUACGCAUUGUCGUGGGAGGCCGCCACGGAACGGUUUCUGAAGGCUGCUCAGUUGGAUCAGGCAUCUACAACUAAAUUGUCCAGAACUGCUUCCGACAACUUCAUGUCCACUUCACUGAAUCUAAAGAGGAGAUGGGAAGAUGCAUCUGCAUAUGUGCACUACGUUGCUUCCGGGUAUGAAAUGUCACGACGAGCGUUUGGUGCUAUUCCUGGUAGCCUCCAGCCAGAUGAAGAGUUGUGUAAGGAUCUUGGGAUGCCUACGCCUCCUGGAAAGAGAGGCUCACGAAGUUGAUAUGGUGAAUACUAGGAUGAAACUCGGAAAAGUUUCUUUGUACUGGCUACUAUGGAAUUCUUUACUAUCAAUAAAAUCGGUUUAGGGGUGUAAAUAA